CCGCAGCCUACCCCGCCUGUCUGAUCUGUAAUAUAUAACAAGGUCCCUUCCUUUAUAGUUUCUAUAAACGUAUUCAAAAAGUCUAAGUUGAAAUCCAAACUAAGCACCCAUAACAUCAUCCUCCACUGAAACUUUAUCCCAAGCCGAAAGUUUAACAGGACUCCCAAUUUAUCACAUUCAACCUCUCCACCCAACCCAACACCACCACAAUGCCAACCCCAACCCCCCAGCCCGUCCCCAUCGACAACGCCUACGCCCUCAAACUCAAAGCCCUCCACCAACCCUCCUCCCCCUUCGUCCUCAGCAACGUCCACGACAUCCCCUCCACCACCACCGUCCUCGCCCUCAACACCCCAACCUCCACCCCCGUCCGCGCCCUCGCAACGGGUUCGUUCGCCAUAGCAGGGACCCUCGGCCUCGCGGACGCCGACCUCACUUUGCCUUUGAACCUGGAAGCUCUGUCCCUUAUCUCUCCCAUCGCGCGCGCUGCUGGCGUCCCGCUCAGCGCGGAUUUGCAGGAUGGGUAUGGCUACCAGCUACGUGAGUGCAUAGGUGGUGCUAUUGAUCUCGGUGUCGUCGGGGCGAAUAUCGAGGAUGGGAUUCCCGCUACGGGGUAUGGGAAAGGGUUAGAAGGGUUGAGGACAGUAGAGGAGCAGGUAGAGAGGCUGAAAGUCGUGUUUGAAGUUGCGAAGGAGAAAGGCUUACCUGAUUUCGUGGUGAAUGCCAGGACGGAUCUUUUCGUGCUUGAUCCACUGCCUGAGGGGUGGGGGCACGAGGACGUGUUAAAGGAGGCGGUGAGGAGGGGGAAGGCGUACUUGGAGGCCGGGGCGACGAGCUUUUUUGUUUGGGGACCGGUGACGGUGGAUGAUGUGAAGACGCUUGUUAAGGAGCUUGAUGGGAAGGUAGCGGUGCUGUUGAGUGGUGGGGGUGGGAAGGUUACGGUUGCGGAGUGGAAGGAGAUUGGGGUUUGUAGGAUUAGUGUUGGGCCGACGUUGUGGAGGGAGUCGAUGGCUGCGUUGAAGAAGGCUGCGGAGAAGAUCUUGGGAUUGGAGUAAAUUGGGCGGGUUAUGGCUCAAGCUCUAAUAUCACAAUUGCACCGGAUAUCACAGACUCUUACGGAAACCAAUUACCAUCACAUUAAAAGAAUCAAUACCAAGUUGUAAGAUUCAAAAAUCCAACGCUGCUAAAUCUAGCCUCCAUCCAUUUCCAAUUCGCGAAACUCCAAGUCAAAGAAAUCCCCCAAAAGUUCCCAGAAAGAUCAUCAAUCAUCGUCAAAG